AAUCAUACGCGACUUUGACUAGGUUCGACACUAAUGGCUGCCUACUGAUAGGAGUUCAGUUUUAGUCCAGCGGCCAUCAGAGGGAGACGUUAGCACAGACUGUCUCAUAAGUCGAUCAACCUCAUCCUAGAUCAUCAUGUCUCUUACUGUUGUGUUGAGGGCCUCGCUGUGGUUGAUGCUGUGUUGCCUUUGGGCCGCCGAAGCGACGUGUCCCGAGGCAGACCAGAUCCACUGCGCUUCGUCGGAGAGAUGCACUAGGAUUAGGUACAUUUGUGAUAACGACAACGACUGCGGCGACGGUAGUGAUGAGGAUCCUUCCAUUUGUGAGGUAUGGAAGAACACUGACUGUGUUCUAAGCAGGGCACUAUGUAAGACGGGUUCCAUAUCUAGCUGUGUCUCCACCAACAAACUACUGCAGAAGUCAUCCCUGUGUGAGGGCUCCUUGGACCCCCGUAUCUGUCAGAUGUUACGUAACGAGAAGCUCCAGGCUCUCUACGCCAUCCAGCUGACUACUCCAACCCCAGAGCCUACAGUACCCGCGAUAACUGACCCAUCCAUCCACAUGAAGAACGAAAACUGGUCAGACGAAUUCUUGUUCAAGCUAAACAACACCAUCCGUGACGCAGAUUGUCCUUGGCUCUACACCAAAGUGGGGAAACAGUGUCUCUCUGUCUUCUUUCUCGGCUCCAUGGGUUGGAUGGAGGCCAGAACCUUCUGUAAAAUCAUCGGAGGUGACUUGUUCUCCUUGAAGGAUGACCUGAACGUCUUCUCCACCGUCCUACAUCACCUAAGACGCCAUCUGGUGACGGCGGACUUCUGGGUGGGCGGAGGCUACGUCAAUGACACUCUGGGCUGGACCUGGCUCGACAACUCCCCUAUGUAUCUUGGUUCUCCCUUAUGGGCCGUCAGACAUCAAGAGCCAUGCGUGAAGAGUACCACCAACUACACCUUCCUCAACAGCACGAUGGCGGCUAACGAUAGCGAGUGUUACAAAUACGUCCAGGCCCCUACGUCACCUCCCGUGGGUCACUGUGCCUCCCUCUCCUACGAACACUACCAUUACCUCACCGACGAGGAUUGUUUCGCCAAGAAGAGUCCUCUAUGUGUGAUGCCCAACGAACACCCCAAGCAAGCAUUGUAGUGGGUCGGACCUCGCACUCCUUCCCGGGAACUGUCAGCGGUCUUUUUUUUUUCUAGCUCUUUUCUGCUAUACACAACCUUCUGAAACUUCUAACUCAGUUGUAACCUAACCUAACCACUCUGGCAUUAGCUCGUAGGGGAAAACUAACUAGAACGCAGAAUGGAAAAUUUUAGCAGAAAGGAGCCAGAAUGAAGAGAUGUCGGCCAACAGAAAAAAAAAAAAUAUUCUCAUGAUUUUUGUGUAUUGGUUGAAUAAUCUUGUCACUUGGUGGUCAGUGUUUGUGUAUCGGCGUAAACAAACAUCAAUAGAAAGAUUCCUCCUAAUAAUAUUAGUAAUUAAUAA